GUUGUAGUGCCACAACCGGAAGGACCAGUUGUACCUCAACCAGUUGUGCAACUAGCGCCUGUAGCGGACGCUGCAAACACUACACACAUUGUAGUGCCACAACCGGAAGGACCAGUUCUGAAGAACUAACCUAACCUCAACCAGUUGUGCAGCUAGCGUCUCUAGCGGACGCUGCAAACACUACACACAUGUAUCGUGCUGUUUGAAGAAACAUAUUGUAUUGCAGUUUAGAUAGUAUGAAGAAGAGGUGAGUCGCAGCCAUGGACAUAGAACUGCCCGUGUUGGGAGAUGGCAGCAUCGUCCUGCCACUGGAGGACUGCAACUCCAUGAACGUCUCCAAUCACACGGACUGGAAGGUCAUGUACUUCAACACCACGGUCCACUGUCUGGAACACGCCCCUGUCCUGACCGAUGGGGCGUACACCCGCGCAGUGGUCCUGGGCAUCAUGGCCGUCAUGAGCCUAGUGGGCAACGUGCUCACCAUCUACAGCAUACACACCUCCAGUUUUUGUUUGUUGCCCAGACACUCCCGUCGGCAUCGCCAGCAGUCCGCCAUGUACUCGCUGAUCCUGCACCUCUCUGUGGCCGACCUGCUGGUCACCGUGUUCUGCAUCGCUGGCGAGGCCCUGUGGAGCUACACCGUGGCCUGGCUCUACGGCAACCUCGCCUGCAAGCUGUUCAAGUUCCUGGAGAUGUUCAGCCUCUACCUCAGCACCUUCGUGUUGGUGCUGAUCGGCGUGGAUAGGUUCCUCGCUGUCAGAUAUCCCAUCAAGUCACUCAGCACGGCCAAGAGAUGCAACAGACUCGUAGCGUGCGCCUGGGGCUUGGCUGCUCUGCUUAGUUUACCUCAGAUGGCGAUUUUCCACGUGGUCCGAGGACCCUUCUACGAAGAGUUCUACCAAUGCGUCACAUACGGGUUCUACACGGAGCGCUGGCAGGAACAGCUGUACACCACGUUCAGCUUCAUGUGCAUGUUCAUCGUGCCUCUCAUCAUCCUUAUAUCUACCUACGUCUCCACCAUCAUCACAAUAUCACAGAGCGACAAGGCGUUCCAGCAGGAGGCGGCGGAGGACGCUUCUCGCAAGUACGACAUCAACAGACGUCGUCUGAUACACAGGGCAAAGGUCAAGUCCUUUCGUAUCAGUGUGGUGAUAGUGGCGGCCUUCAUAGUCUGGUGGACGCCGUACUACAGCAUGAUGAUCAUCUUCAUGUUCCUCAACCCUGACAAACAUCUCAGCGACGGGCUGCAGAAGUUGAUAUUCUUUUUCGGAAUGUCCAACAGCCUCGUCAACCCAGUGAUAUAUGGCGCGUUCCAUCUCUGGCGACCCAAAAGAAAGAAGCAGGGAAGCUAUAGAGAUGGAUCCACACAGCAGACUGCCAACUCAGUGGUCACUCGAUUAAGUCGCGUCGGAACACUGAGAGACGAAACCAGCUGCGUGCUUCUGGGAUCAGAGAAGACCCACCACCUAAGGACAGACUGUUGUACGGCGAACAACUGUAGCGUCUCGGCUCUCUAGCGUCAACAUAGGCGGUGCUGCAGUGCUGACGUGGCGUUGUAGCAGCACCACCUGAGGACAGACUGUUGUACGGCGAACAACUGUAGCGUCUCAGCCCUCUAGCGUCAACAUAAGCGGUGCUGCAGUGCUGACGUGGCGUUGUAGCGGCACCACCUGCGGACAGACUGUUGUACGGCGAACAACUGUAGCGUCUCGGCCCUCUAGCGUCAACAUAAGCGGUGCUGCAGUGCUGACGUGGCGUUGUAGCGGCACCACCUGAGGACAGACUGUUGUACGGCGAACAACUGUUGCGUCUCAGCUCUCUAGCGUCAACAUAAGCGGUGCUGCAGUGCUGACGUAGCGUUGUAGCGGCACCACCUGAGGACAGACUGUUGUACGGCGAACAACUGUAGCGUCUCAGCUCUCUAGCGUCAACAUAAGCGGUGCUGCAGUGCUGACGUAGCGUUGUAGUGGCACCACCUGAGGACAGACUGUUGUAUGGCGAACAACUGUAGCGUCUCAGCCCUCUAGCGUCAACAUAAGCGGUGCUGCAGUGCUGACGUGGCGUUGUAGCGGCACCACCUGAGGUCAGACUGUUGUACGGCGAACAACUGUGGCGUAUCGGCUCUCUAGCGUCAACAUAAGCGGUGCUGCAGUGCUGACGUAGCGUUGUAGUGGCACCACCUGAGGACAGACUGUUGUAUGGCGAACAACUGUAGCGUCUCGGCUCUCUAGCGUCAACAUAAGCGGUGCUGCAGUGCUGACGUGGCGUUGUAGUGGCACCACCUGAGGACAGACUGUUGUACGGCGAACAACUGUAGCGUCUCGGCUCUCUAGCGUCUCGGCCCUCUAGCGUCAACAUAAGCGGUGCUGCAGUGCUGACGUAGCGUUGUAGUGGCACCACCUGAGGACAGACUGUUGUAUGGCGAACAACUGUAGCGUCUCGGCCCACUAGCGUCAACAUAAGCGGUGCUGCAGUGCUGACGUGGCGUUGUAGCGGCACCACCUGAGGUCAGACUGUUGUACGGCGCACAACUGUGGCGUAUCGGCUCUCUAGCGUCAACAUAAGCGGUGCUGCAGUGCUGACGUGGCGCUGUAGCAGCACCACCUGAGGUCAGACUGUUGUAUGGCGAACAACUGUAGCGUCUCGGCCCACUAGCGUCAACAUAAGCGGUGCUGCAGUGCUGACGUGGCGUUGUAGCGGCACCACCUGAGGUCAGACUGUUGUACGGCGCACAACUGUGGCGUAUCGGCCCUCUAGCGUCAACAUAAGCGGUGCUGCAGUGCUGACGUAGCGUUGUAGUGGCACCACCUGAGGACAGACUGUUGUAUGGCGAACAACUGUAGCGUCUCGGCUCUCUAGCGUCAACAUAAGCGGUGCUGCAGUGCUGACGUGGCGUUGUAGCGGCACCACCUGAGGACAGACUGUUGUACGGCGCACAACUGUGGCGUAUCGGCCCUCUAGCGUCAACAUAAGCGGUGCUGCAGUGCUGACGUAGCGUUGUAGUGGCACCACCUGAGGACAGACUGUUGUAUGGCGAACAACUGUAGCGUCUCGGCUCUCUAGCGUCAACAUAAGCGGUGCUGCAGUGCUGACGUGGCGUUGUAGUGGCACCACCUGAGGACAGACUGUUGUACGGCGAACAACUGUAGCGUCUCGGCUCUCUAGCGUCAACAUAAGCGGUGCUGCAGUGCUGACGUAGCGUUGUAGCGGCACCACCUGAGGUCAGACUGUUGUACGGCGAACAACUGUAGCGUCUCGGCCCUCUAGCGUCAACAUGCCCUCGCCAUCUGCGCCCUUACCAUGCACAGGCCCUCAACAUCUGCAGUGCUAACGUAGUGUUGUAGCGUCACCUCAGACUGUUGUACGGCGAACAACUGUAGCGUAUCGGCUCUCCAGCGUCAACAUAAGUGGUGCUGCAGUGCUGACGUAGCGUUGUAGCGUCACCACCUGAAGACAGAAUUUAACGGACUUGAAUGCAUAGAAAAAGGAUUUUAAUGUUUCAAUAUAAUUUUUAAACUUAGAAAGCAGUAUUGCAAUUUUUAGAACAGUUUCUUUACAAUAAUACAACAAAGGUCAUGAAAGUUAAUUGUUCAAAGGACAUCCUGUUGUUACGGAGAAAACUUGGAAUUUUUAAAAUGCGAUCAACUACUUUGACUAGUGACAAGCUUCUAAAUAUAUUUUAUGUGUCGAUGUUGGCUGCAUUUAAUGUCCAUCAUAAACCAUUGUUAAAUCCAAUAAUUUAAUCUGCUCAAAGCUCAAAGUCAUUGUUAAUUUAAAUAGAUAAUGUCAGGCAUUUUAUUGUACAUAAAAGUAAUCUAGAUAUUUUUAAGAACCACGAAUUCAUUAGUUUAAAUUUAAUUAAUGAAGCCAUUUUUUCAGUAUUUCAUGUUUCAAGAAAUCUAGAUGAUAUGUACCUCAAAUAUUUUUACUAAAAUUCUCAUAUAUUUUUAUACAUUUGUGAAUACUUUUUUCCCAUAUAGUUGUUCAUGU